CCAACGCACCCAAUUUGGCAGCACAGCAUAUUUCAAUCCCGGGAGUUCACGGAAUUUAAAAGUGAGGUUAUGCAAGCUGUUGACGCAAUGGAAGAUCCAACUGAACAGCGUCUUCAGAAAGCUGUACCGGUGUUAAACGCCAAAAUCGACGGGCUACACCAGGAUUUCAAGAGUUCGUUAGCUCAAGUCUGCUCGACCAUGCGGACCGUUCAAGGUAGCCUCAGUGACGUAAUGCGCGUUGAUCGGACAAAGUAUAAACUUCGGCGGGGGUUGGCUACUGUGCCGGACUUGUGGAAAGAAUGGUCGGUCGGCUUAGAUGGCGCCAGAGCUGUCCGAGAUCUCGAGGAUCAGUUUGGCACAAAGUGGUGUAGUGCGGACGAACGACGGUUCUUCAAUAGAGGGCGGCCAAUUUACAGCUUAGUCGCUGCGGUUGCA